UCUCUGUAAUCGGACCUCCGGCUCUCAAGUUUCUCUCCAUCUGAUAGUCAGGGUAAACCAUGCCAGCAGUACCAUCUAGUUCAGAAUCAGUUGGCACUGGCCCCGUCUGCCCACAUGCUGCCAAAAUGCUCUCAAAUGCUGCAAAUGGAGAGUCUGGCAUCAACGGGGAUGCUGACGAUGUCUUCAACGGAAAGGCUGGACACAAGCUGAAUGAAACAAACGGGCGCCACUUGAAGAGUCUGAACGGACAGCACAUGGACAAGGGCUCCGAGGUCAGCAUGGAGAGGAAAUGGAUUCGACCGGAUUUGCCCAGCAGAUGCACUUGGAAGCUUGGUGACCUGAAUAUGGAGUCACCCCACAACCACUACCAACGGACAAAGACGUCCGGUAUCCUCCCCAACAUCUUAAGCAAGAUUGGAGAGACCCCAAUGGUUCGCAUGAACAAGAUUCCCAAAGCUUUUGGCCUCAAGUGUGAACUCUUGGCUAAAUGCGAGUUCUUCAAUGCUGGUGGCAGUGUGAAGGACAGAAUCAGCUUGCGAAUGAUAGAAGAUGCUGAACGUGAUGGCACCCUUAAACCUGGAGACACCAUCAUUGAGCCUACAUCAGGAAACACAGGUAUCGGUCUUGCUCUGGCAGCAGCGGUCAAAGGUUAUCGCUGCAUUAUUGUCAUGCCUGAAAAGAUGAGCAUGGAAAAGGUGGAUGUGCUCCGUGCUCUGGGUGCUGAGAUUGUUCGUACCCCAACCUCAGCCCGCUUCGACUCUCCUGAGUCUCAUGUGGGGGUCGCGUGGCGUUUGAAGAAUGAGAUUCCUAAUGCUCACAUUCUUGACCAGUACCGCAAUCCCAGUAACCCCCUGGCCCACUAUGACACCACUGCAGAGGAGAUCCUGGAGCAGUGUGGCGGUAAAAUAGACAUGCUGGUGGCAGGAGCUGGCACUGGUGGCACCAUCACUGGCAUCGCUCGCAAGCUAAAGGAGAAAUGCCCUGAUAUCAAGAUCAUUGGAGUGGAUCCGGAGGGCUCUAUUCUAGCUGAGCCAGACGAGUUGAAUAAGACAGAUAAGACUCAGUAUGAGGUUGAAGGCAUCGGGUAUGAUUUCAUCCCCACUGUUCUGGACAGAUCUGUGGUGGAUAAUUGGUACAAGUCCAAUGAUGAGGAGUCCUUCGCCAUGUCUCGUAUGCUCAUCAGAGAGGAGGGUCUUCUGUGCGGUGGUAGUUCUGGCACAGCCAUGUCUGCAGCAGUCAACGUAGCCAAAGAGCUGAAGGAAGGCCAGCGCUGUGUUGUCAUUCUACCCGACUCCAUCCGCAACUACAUGUCUAAAUUCCUCAGUGACAAGUGGAUGUUUGAAAAAGGCUUCAUGAGCGAGGAGGAUCUUGUUGUCAAUAAGCCAUGGUGGUGGAAUUUGACUCUUCAGGAGCUUCGCCUCUCGGCUCCACUGACGGUGCUUCCCUUGGUUUCCAUCAAGAAGACCAUUCAGAUCCUCAAAGAAAAGGCUUUUGACCAGGCUCCUGUGGUGGAUGAGGCGGGGCAUAUUCUGGGGAUGGUCACGUUGGGGAACAUGCUCGCGUCUGUUCUGGCUGGCAAGGUCAGACCAUCCGAUCCCAUAAGCAAAGUGCUCUACAAACAGUUUAAACAGGUGCGUCUGACUGAUAACCUUGGCAAACUCUCACGUAUCCUUGAGACGGAUCAUUUCGCCCUUGUUGUGCACGAACAGAUUCAGUACAUGAGUGACGGAUCCCCCAAGAUGAGGCAGAUGGUGUUCGGGGUGGUGACGGCCAUUGACCUGCUCAACUACGUGACCAUGCGUGAACGAAGGGAACGCACGCUGUCUGAGUGCUCGUUGUCAGAAGAUCAGUGAACAACCUGAUCACAAUUCUGGAGCAAACUAUUUUUCCAUCUUAAUUUUGUAUUUUUCUUUUGUAGCUUAUUUCUCUGCAAGUGGCACGCUCCAUUUCAAGAACUAUGCUUUUUAUAUAUGAGCCUGUCAGUAGCUUUACAUGUCAUUCGACUGAUCUGUAGUCUGUGUUCACUGGAUCCAUUUUUAAAAAAUCUUCAGUCUCUAAUAUUUAGCUUUUGUUCAGUUUAGGUGCUUUAUUAGUCAUGAUGAAGUAAUCUUACAGGUCAAUCAGCUCGCAUUUGCAGAUGUGUUUACGUUGCAGAUUUGAUUUUGAUUAAGGUGUAUAUAUUUACAUGAAUCUAUUUUAUUCUUUGAAAAACUCAGUAGGCUAUGCGGUUUGGUAGGAUUGGGUUUGGUUUAGGUGAAGUGCUUUAUUCAGGUGAUCUCUUGAAUGCAGCGCCGUCUAGUGGCAGCGGCAGUUUACAGCAGGCGUGGACACUUUACUUUCUUCAAUCAUGCUCUUCUAAGCACAACGAUCCCUCUGCUACACGUGGAGAGCUUUACAGGCAUGACUGGUCAUGAUUGACAAAGCAAACAAUUCGUGUGUUUGGGAAACCAAACUACACCCAGAUGGGGUGACUUGGUAUUUUUCUUGUAUUAAAACAAGACAUGAUUUUGAGUGUAAAUAAGUGACGGUGGUUUGAAAUUACUUUAAACGCACCACACUUGUGUUUAAGAAAUUUGAUCACGCUUUUCAUUUUUCUAUGUUCUUUUGGUCUUGUAAAUCAAAACUGUAAGUUAUGGAGGCUGAAUAAGAUUGUGUGUAUAUAAGAGUUCAUGUGAGUGAAUGAAUGUUUGGGGUUGCUCUGCAUGCUGCUGGAGGUCUCUGCCUCAACAGAACGUCUUAUUUUUCUGUUAUGAAUCUCAUGUCGUUUGAUUUGCUUUUCAUUGAAUCGGAUUGCUGUUAUAAUAUGUACUAGUUACAAAUAAAGGCUUUAUUUACU